GAUGGUUGGUUGGGGUGGAGGACCGUGGCCUUCCCCGUUUCGUCUCCGGUCCUCCUCCUUUUAUCCCCUCUCGCCCUUGCUCUCCUCCGUCCCACCUAUUUCCUCCUUCCGCCCUCCGCCGCGCUUGGCCUUCUCCCUUCUCGAGAGGCCACGCUCCAUCCCCGCCCGCGCUCCGCCUCCCCUGGCGACCGGCGGCGAGCGCAGCCCAACGAAAGCGUCGUAGUCAUCCGACGCUCGGCUGGUUGGGGAACAAGGCGCCAAUGGGGAUCGCGGAGGUGGCUCUCCACACCAUGCCGGGGGCAUUCACCACCCACUCCCCGGCAUCCAUUCUGUCCCUCAGGGCAGUCGCUAGGAGGAGGAACAAGAACACUGAUUCGGUGCCCAACACCAGGGCACUGCAAGGCCUCCUAAGGAUUCCGAGGCUGAGGUCCGUCAGGCGGCUGUGCCAGCGGAUAGACGACAUUGCGAGGGUCACAGAGGGGAAUGGGACUUGGGUCAAGGAAGCCAUGAAUAACGCCGGCCAGGUUCUUGGCGACAUCAGCGUGCCUGGUCAGGCUGUAGGUGGCAAUGGUAGCCUAAAUGGGAGUGUUGCCAAGCCUCCACCUCAGAGGCGGAAGUCCUCAUCGGUUGAGGAUGAGGCCUGGGAACUUCUGCAGGAGUCAAUGGUUUACUAUUGUGGUAGUCCUGUUGGGACAAUUGCUGCCAACGAUCCAAAUGACAGUGAUCCGGUGAACUAUGAUCAGGUGUUUAUUCGGGACUUCAUACCAUCUGGCAUUGCUUUUCUACUGAAGGGGGAAUAUGAAAUUGUGCGUAAUUUCAUUCUACACACCCUUCAGCUUCAGAGCUGGGAGAAGACAAUGGACUGCCAUAGUCCAGGUCAAGGUUUAAUGCCCGCCAGCUUCAAAGUGCGGACAAUUCCGCUUGAUGGUGAUGAGGAUGCAACUGAGGAGGUCUUGGAUCCUGAUUUUGGGGAGGCCGCAAUAGGCCGUGUGGCACCUGUUGAUUCAGGUCUAUGGUGGAUCAUAUUGCUUAGGGCAUAUGGAAAGUGUUCAGGGGAUCUGUCAGUACAGGAGAGAAUUGAUGUCCAGACUGGAAUGAAAAUGAUUCUGAAGCUUUGUUUAGCUGAUGGUUUCGACAUGUUCCCUACAUUACUCGUAACUGAUGGUUCAUGCAUGAUUGAUCGUCGAAUGGGAAUCCAUGGGCAUCCACUUGAAAUUCAGGCACUCUUCUAUUCAGCCCUCUUGUGUGCGCGUGAGAUGUUGGCUCAAGAAGACGGAUCAGCUGACUUAAUCCGCGCCCUGAACAAUAGACUUAUUGCACUGUCCUUUCAUAUCAGGGAGUACUACUGGCUUGACAUGCAAAAGUUGAAUGAGAUAUAUCGAUAUAAAACAGAAGAAUAUUCUUAUGAUGCUGUCAACAAAUUCAACAUAUACCCCGAUCAGAUAUCUCCAUGGCUUGUUGAGUGGAUACCUCCUAAGGGGGGUUACUUUAUUGGAAACCUCCAGCCAGCUCAUAUGGACUUCCGAUUCUUUUCAUUGGGAAAUUUAUGGUCAAUAGUAAGCAGCUUGGCAACAACUCAUCAGUCGCAUGCCAUUUUAGACCUUAUCGAGUCUAAAUGGUCUGAUUUAGUGGCAGAGAUGCCACUAAAGAUAUGCUAUCCUGCUCUUGAGAACCAGGAAUGGAAAAUCAUCACUGGGAGUGAUCCUAAAAACACGCCUUGGUCGUACCACAAUGGAGGAUCCUGGCCAACAUUACUGUGGCAGCUCACAGUGGCAUGCAUCAAGAUGAACAGACCAGAGCUUGCAGCCAAAGCUAUAGAGGUAGCUGAGAGGCGUAUUGCUACAGACAAAUGGCCUGAAUACUACGACACCAAGAGAGCACGCUUCAUUGGGAAACAGGCACGGCUGUACCAAACGUGGUCAAUUGCUGGGUUCCUAGUAGCCAAGCUACUGAUAGAAAAACCAGAUGCUGCUAGGAUUCUGUGGAACGAUGAGGAUGCAGAAAUCCUUAAUGCUUUGAGCACAAACAGAAAACGGGGCAAGAAAGUGUUGAAGAAAACAUACAUUGUGUGAGUUCUCGCAGCAAGUUCCAUCAAAUAACCAAAGUUAGCAUUUUUAAGUUAUAGGAAGUAUCGUUCCUGUAUAUAAACUUACAUGAGGUUGCAUUUUUGAUGGGGAAGGUGCCUGCUGUUGGAUGCUGUUAUUAUGGAUGCAUCUGGCUUUGCAACAAAGCUCUUGCUUGAGCAUAGACCUGCCUCGUGUAGUUUGCUAUACACUUCAUUUGGCAUGACAAGUUUUCUGGAGUCUCAUUACCAAACUUAAAACUUUUGGUUCCUGGAAUUACCUCGAUUCUCUGGUUUUCCAGAUACUAUUAUGGGCAUAUUUGAAACCCAUGAUCUGUCA